AUGGCCGCCGAGAGCAAAGUGGAACACCCGGGACAAAAGGCACUUGAACUGUUAGAAAAAGAAGAAAAAGUAUCAACCAUCGUUCUUGUUGGAAAGCACGAGAUUGGAAAAACAUGGAUGGCAAAAAAAAUAAGUGGUCAAGCAAUCAGCAAGGGCCUGGUUGACACAGUCCUUUGGGCUUAUCUGGACAAAAUGUAUGAUGAUAAAACCAUUCACGAGAGUUUUGCUCGACAAAUGUCUAUGUAUUCCACUACCAAGGAGGGUGGAAAUGGUGAUAAAGAAGAGGUACUAGAGGGGGUGGUGGAGAAAGACCCGAACAUCUUGAGGGAGAAGAUAUAUGCAACACUUGCAGAUAGGAGCUUGCUUCUGGUUUUGGAUAGUGAGGGCAUCAAAAUGAAUGAAAGUGAUCUAAUGAAACUGCUGUGUUUUCCCAAAUCACCCAGAGUCAAGAAGUUAAUCACUACAACUAACGAAGGUGGAUGGCAUGAUAUAGCAGCGGCUAAAGAGGAAGUGAUUGUGAUUGAGGUCCCGCCCUUGUCUCGUGAAGACAAAUUAUCUUUAUUGAGACAAAGAGCUGGGACAGAGGUCUAUGAGAUUCCAGAAGUGAAAGCUCUAGCAGAAAAAUUCAUCGACCAGAAUGUGGAUUUAACCCCUGUUGCAAUUGUCAUGCUUGCAAAAGCCUUAAGUUACAGAGGACAUGGUUCUGCAGCUGUCCAGGUUCUGGAAGAUGCUUUGGAGGAAUCAAAGAACUACAGUUUUAAGCAGUUACUACGCAGUGGGUAUGACAAGGUCCCAGAUGGUGUUUUAAUUGACUGUUCAUGUGAGGGCAGCCAUUUUUUUCGUGACCGUGGAAGCGUCCAUUUCAUUGAGCUGAUAGCUUACUGGAUUAUUGAAGGAUAUCUUGGUGAUAUUGAUAGUAUUGACAAGGCCUACGAGGAGGGACAUCGUGUUCUCAUGGAGCUGAUACAUUGUCAGAUACUGAAAAAAGUUGAAGAAAAUGUGAAGGGUAAUCACCUGAGAAUGGAAAGAGCAGAACUGAGUCUGGAUGACCAUUAUCGUGGUGGAUUUGGUAGUACAGCCACUCUGGGAUUGGCUAAAGUUUUUAAGGUUGGAGAAUGGGAUGGUAUUGGGGAAAUCACACAGGCAAAUGGUAUGAUGAAAUCAGUUCCCAGGAGCAACAAGAAGGAACUCUCAACAUUACUGCUCGAUGGAAAUCAUUUCAGCAGGGAAGUUUCAACUAAUUUCCUUCAAUCCAUGAACCUCCUCCAAGUUCUAGUCCUUUUCAAUCCCGGGCUCAGCUCAGUGCAAUCGUUGUCUUCCAUGAAUAUGCUCAAAGUGCUUGUCCUCAGGGGAUGUGAUUUGUUGGCACACAUUGAAGAUUUAGAGAAACUAACAGAUUUAUCUGUUCUGGAAAUUUCAGGAGCUAAGUCAUUGAAAAAAAUCCCAGAUGUCUUUCACCACAUGACCAAACUUCGAAGUCUCAACCUAUCUGCCCCUCAGAUUGAAGAGUUGCCUGCAUCUUUUUAUGGGCUUACAGAACUUCGUUGGCUCAUCCUUAAGGGCUGUUCUUGUUUGAAAGAAAUGCAGAGUCUGAAAAAAUUUGAAAAACUUCUGGUGCUUAAUCUUUCUGGUGCUACUUCUUUGGAAAAGUUUCCAGAGAAAAAUGUGAAAGCAUUGGAAAAACUUGAAACCCUUGAUCUGUCCAAUACCAGCAUUAAAAGCAUACCAAUUCUUCGUGGUAUUAGAGCUCUCACUCAUCUCUCAGCAAGUGACUGUCAUGGCGUAGAAAGACUGCGCAGCAUUCAGUCAUUAACCAAUCUCCAAGUUCUUGAUCUUUCGGGUUCUAGCAUUGAGGAAUUUCGUGAUCAAUCAUUCAACUCUAAUGACAAACUUAGAAUUCUUGAUCUAUCCAGGACGGAAAUUUCCUGGCUACCCUCCAACCUUAGUGAUCCUCGUCAGCUCUAUUUAAAAGGUUGCCUCCGGCUAACAGAACUUCCAUUCAUAGAUUCGCUGAAAUCCCUGGAGGCACUUGAUCUUUCAGGUGCUAGUAAUCUUGAAAAGAUUAACGACAAAUUCUUUCAAAAUUUGAAGAAACUUCGAGUUCUCAACCUUUCAGAAACCAAAGUCAAAGAUCUGCCACCCCUUUCCACUCUUUGUAACCUUCGUCAGCUAUUGCUUUCGGGUUGUUUGUCCUUGAAGACCUUGCCAACCUUGGAUUCGCUUAGCAAACUGGAGGUUCUUGAUCUGUCUGGUUGUAAUGCUUUGACAGUAAUCAAAGAUAAAUCUUUUGAGCAGAUGUCUCACCUUCAGAGACUCACCCUCUCUGCUACAAAGAUUGAAAAGCUUCCAUCCCUUUCAAAGCUUGGCAACCUCCGCCACCUCUCAUUGAGAAAAUGUACCAAUUUGAAAUUAGAGGUACCACUGAACUUUCCUUCAUGCCUUGAGGCGCUAAAUUUAUGUGGUAUCAGCUCCUUGACUAGAGCUGAUUUCUUGGAGCACAUGGGUCACCUUCGUGUUCUUGACCUCUCUGAAACCGAGCUUGAACAGCUACCACCCUUGUCAAAUCUUAAAAACCUUGUUCAUCUUUCUCUGAGGGGUUGUGAGAAGUUGGAAACACUGCCACUCUUGGAAGAACAUACAAAGCUUGAGAUUCUGGAUCUUUCGGGAACUAGGGUCAAGCCUAUGCCAUCCCUUACCAAACUUAGCAACCUUCACCAAUUUCUGCCUAGUAAUUGUUUGAGCUCAGAAGAGAUUAAAAAUCUCCCUUAUGAAAUCUCAGAAUUGACUCAGCUUGAGCAGAGUCAUCAGACAGACAUGGGCGUCUUAGGAGCUGGCAGCGGAAAGGGACAGAGUUUACCCGAAGAGCAAUGGGGCAUCUCCACUUUGCCUGUCCCAUACAGUAACAGUCACAGACCUUUCAUCUCUCUUAGUAAUUCAGAAUUUUUUCAACGUCUGGAGAAAGAGCCCCAGUUGUGGGAGACAAGCUUCAAACAAUUUCAAUUCUCUGUUCAUCCUAUGGAGGAGCAAACCGAAAUAAGAGGUAUAGAGCUUUACAAAGACAAAUCGAUUUUCAGAGAUCUCCAAUUCCAGGCAAGAUAUUUCUCUGAUCUUAGAGAGCAAGGUAAGUCACUGGAAAUCCAUGAUUUUGGUAAUUUCCCCAAGGGUAUUGAGGUUGUACUCAGUCGUUCUGAGUAUGUUUUUCUGAUUCAUAAUUCCUUUAUAAAAUCAUUAUGUGACUUGGGUGCCAACAACAUCAAGGUGAUGAGGGGCUGUGGGAUAGAGAGAUGCACCAAUAUGGAGAGUAUUUUCCAUGUAGAAAAGGAAGAAAUAGACACAACAUUGGAGAUUCUAUGGGUUUCUUAUGCUAUCAAGUUGAGUAGUAUAUAUAGUGGGGACCUGCAGUAUGUGGGCUUCCGAAACCUUAAACGUUUGUAUUUAGAUUGUUGCCCAGAACUUCCUUGUGUUUUCUCCAAAUCUCAGCGACCAGAAAGCCUUGAAAUUCUUCAUAUCAAGUUUUGUGAUAAAUUGGAGAAUCUGUUUGAACUUGAAGAGAUGUCAAAAGAAUGUAUAUUGCCAAAGUUACGCGAAUUGCUUCUGUGUGGACUACCAGCAUUGAAGAAGAUUGAGUGUGAAUUGCCAGCUUUAAAAAGUUUGGAAGUUAGGGAAUGUCCCAUGUUUGCAAAUGAUCUAUUUUUGCCAAAGCUGCCAACAACCCUCGAGACCCUUAAAAUCAAGUUCUGUCAUAAAUUGGAGACUCUGUUCGAACCGGAAACAUCAGCCAACAAUACUCUGUCCAGUUUACAUACAUUGCAUCUGUGGGGGCUGCCAAAGCUCAGAAGCAUUCAGGCUGAAAUGCCAUCUCUUCAACAUCCCAUUGUCAAGCAAUGCCCAAAACUACAGAUGCGGUUGGCCUCACAAUCAGGACCUCCGGUUCUCAACACCUGACCAAAUCCGCUGUAUGAGAAUAGCUUGGGUCACGAUUCUCCUUGGUUUGGCUACUUGACCAAAGUUGACUCUGGUCUUUUCCAACCUCCAGAAGUAUGUAACUUAUUACGUGAUAUGUAUGUAUGUGAGUGUGUGUGUGUGUGUGUGC